AUUCUAGAUAUCUCAACAAAGUACUAGAAAGUGAGCCAUCUAAGGACAACCUUAUAUUUUAACCGUAGAUAUGAAAGGGGCUUACUGAAAUAUACGUGCGGGUACGUAGCUACUCCACGCUAGAUUAUAACAUUUAUGGACCACUGUUAUCAAUCCUAGCCGCUUGUUUUGACCUAAUUGACUACAAAUAAAUACUAAAUUACAAGUCUUCCAAUAAAUUAGUGCAGAAGUAUAUAAGACAGAUCACUCGGUGCAGAGAAUAGGGAGGUCAAAGAUUUUGAGCUUCCAGUUGAAAUUAUGAAGGGGGCAGUAGCAUUUUCAGAAUCUCUCUUUUCGUUACUGUUUAUCUUAUCGACUAUAGCAGCUACUUCCGGGAACCACCAAUUCAGGGAGGCUCCGAAGUUCUACAAUUCUCCGAAGUGCCCUUCCAUUCACUGCUCCACCGCCGCUGCCGCCAAGAUUUGCUCGGACAAUGCAGUACAUGUAGCAAUGACUCUAGACGCAUUUUACCUCCGGGGAUCCAUGGCUGCUAUUCUUUCAGUCCUUCAACACUCGUCUUGCCCUGAAAAUAUAAUCUUCCACUUUGUGUCUUCCGCUACCGCCGACACCUUCCAUCUCAACCUCACAAUGGCAAAGUCAUAUCCUUAUCUUCAGUUCAACGUCUAUCCUUUCAAUGAUUCGCCGGUGGCGGGGUUGAUCUCAACUUCUAUUCGUGCUGCACUGGAUUGUCCUCUCAACUAUGCCCGCAACUAUCUCGCUGAUCUGUUCCCAAGAUGCGUUCAAAAGGUUGUUUAUCUAGAUUCCGACCUCGUACUCGUCGAUGAUAUUGCUAAACUUGCUUCAACUCCUCUAGGCAAUGAAGCAGUUUUAGCAGCACCUGAGUACUGCAACGCAAACUUCACCACCUAUUUCACGCCGACAUUCUGGUCCAACCCUUCUCUUUCCUUAACCUUCGCGAAUCGAAAACCUUGUUAUUUCAACACUGGAGUCAUGGUCAUUGAUCUUGAGAGAUGGAGAGCCGGGGACUAUACAACAAAAAUUGUGGAAUGGAUGGAGCUGCAGAAGAGAAUGAGGAUAUAUGAAUUGGGUUCUUUGCCACCUUUCUUGCUUGUUUUUGCCGGAAAUAUAGCUCCAGUGGAUCACCGGUGGAAUCAACACGGCCUCGGCGGUGAUAACUUCCGGGGGCUAUGCCGGGAUUUGCAUCCGGGUCCAGUAAGCCUGUUACAUUGGAGUGGAAAGGGUAAACCAUGGGUUCGACUAGACGCCAACCGCCCUUGCCCUUUGGAUGCUUUGUGGGCACCUUAUGAUCUAUUACAAACGCCAUAUAUUAUUGAUUCUUGAGAAUUUUUGUAAUUAGGAACCACAAGAGAGAUGAGAGAUCUGAAGCUGGAGAUCCCACUCAAUUGUGUUAAAUACUAUUACUACUAUACAGUACGGUUUUUUCUUCCGCGGAGGACGUAAGAAACAUGAAUCGAAGUUGAGGGAAGAGAUGUCAUACCUUUUCAGAUAUCGAGUCAUCUCACUGAUGACAUCAAAGAUGAAUAUCUUGAGAGUAAAGAGGUUUGUACAUUACGUAUAGCUAUAGAUAAAUAUUUACUUAUGUACUUCGGAAAUAGUUAAUUACAGUUGAAAUAAUAAUUAUGUUGAAUUCAAUAUUCAA